CAAUCUCAAGAGUCUUUUAUAUCUUCUGCGAGUCACACCAUGCAUGUCCACCCAUUGAUGAAGGAUAGCUCGCGUGAAGAGCCAAAAGAGCGUCCCCAUUCGUACAGCGGUGGGUUAUCGAGUGCUGACUUGCGUCGUCUGCAGCAUGCUGAAGAUAAUCCCGCAAUUAAUUUGCGGGCGGUUUCUGGUGCUCAACCCCAGCAAUGGACCCCUUCCCAGUUCCGGGAGGUAUCGGUAGAUAAUGAAAGACCAUUUCCCCCGGAGCAGCCAACGUACCCUUCAUUAGCACCAAAUGAUGGUAUUUUCUCUCGCUCCCCCCAACAUCAGGACUACGCGACCCAAAUGAUGGCCAAUCUUCCUGCCGUUUCAUCUCAUGAGUACACCAUGCAGCCAAGAACUUUUCUGGCUCAAGCACCGGACUCUGGCGCUAAUGCAGUCCCACAUUAUAUUGCCGGUCGUCCGAAUGGUGUACCGUCUGUCGGAUACCGCCAUCCCAUGCGAGGUUUUCCUCCCCAGAAUAUAAUGAUCGGUUCCAGUUCUGCCGGUUACCCUGCGAGUCAUCUUACCCAUUUGUCGAUGAGUAACGCACAGCAGCUCUAUGACGUGGUACUCGCACAUCCGGACCACGUUCAUCGUGGUCAACAACCUCUUAAUGUCUUCCGGGGAACACAUCAUCAUUCUACAUCUGACCCUUCCACCCUGCGAGAAGUUGCGACCCUUGCGCUCGCCAACAAUCCAGCUUUGACAUCUAGCCAUAACAUUUACGCGCCAGCCAUUCCUACACCAGCCAUAAACCUCUAUGCUAAUCAUUUUUUUGGCACACAAG